CCGCUCUGGAAAGGUAAACAUCACAGAGACGGCCUGCAGGCAGCCUCCGAUCCUUUGUGUGAAGGACUGCCUUUUUUAAUAGUUUCCUCCUUUCACCAGUGCUUCCAGACUGCAGCACUAAACAGAUGGAAAAUGCAAUUUAAAUAACAUUUUUUUGUGGCCUGACAAAGGACAGAUUUAGCAGAUGCAAACUGGAGCUAUAACGGUGGCCAGACAUGCCUGCAGGUUAUCGGUCCAUGUUUGGUGCUUGGUGAUAGUCCUGCCCAAUCAAUAUCUGACUGUAAAUUGGUUGGCCAGUCUUUCUGGUUUGAAAAUUCAUUUGCUUUUAGCCUUGAUGAGGUUUCCCCCCAACCGAUCACCAUAGGCCCUUCUUUUGAUCAGAUUGUUGGCAGAGGGACCAGAAGAUUAGAUCGGCACUAUUUAGCCCACUGUGUAGUUGGCUACAAUGACGACCCUGCUAGUGGAUCUACCGGUUUAUGUCCAACUUAAGUCUAUUUGACCCAUCAGCCUAUUGGUUUGAAGCCAGACAGGACAUGUGGGGGACUAGCUGGGGCUGCGGUAACAAACAGUCCUACAAAGAGACCAAUGUCAAUUCUAGACAUAAAAUGGAUAGGGUCAUCAGCAAACAGUGAAGUCAAAGGUGACCCAUCUCAUCCUUGGUUCUGCUCAGAGGGCUUGACUGUGUGGACAAAUACUGCUUGGUCCUUCUAAUCACUUGGAUAGGGUCAUCAGCAAAUAGUGAAGUCAAAGGUGACCCAUCUCAUCCUUGGUUCUGUUCAGAGGGCUUGAAUGUGUGGACAAAUACUGUGUGGUCCUUCUAAGCACUUGGAUAGGGUCAUCAGCAAACAGUGAAGUCAGAGGUGACCCAUCUCUUGGUUCUGUUCAGAGGGCUUGACUGUGUGGACAAAUAUUGCUUGGCCAUCUGUGUGAAUGUAUGUGCCCAGCUUUACUGCAGUUGACAAGAAGGAGCUAAUUGGCGAUUGACUGGUUGUUUGGUUAUGCCAUAUUGUGAACAAAUAAGUGAAUGAAUAACAAGUGUAUGAUUAGGAAACUAGCAUUAUACAAAGAAACACUGUUUCCUAACUGACAGGAAUUAUCUGGGCCUGGUUGGUGUCACUCUGUAAGGCAGAGGUUCCCAAAAUGUGGGGAGAGGCCAACCAUGGAGGGCUCAGCUUAAGGUUUAGAUGUUUGGUGAAUGCUGAGUGCUUUCUGACAUAUAACUCAUAUUUCAAUCCCAUGCAAGUAACUGAGCUGGGGAAAGUAAUGGUGGGUGGGGGAAGGGGGCUCCUAAUUCACAGAAACAGAGAAUACGGUGUGAUGGCUGAUAUAUACCAGCUUGUGCAAAUAUCUUUGUUGCAGAUGUUAAUUAAAAUGUUGGUAAUGGUAUUGUCAGGCCAGUGGUGAUAAUUAUCGAGAUUUUGGCAAGAAAGGAGUCCCAUCCCCCCAUCCUCAUUAAACCCCCACUCUCUUGUACGAGCUUCAUCCCCGGCUCCUUCAAUCAGUGGAUUUAAUGCAUUGAUGGUUUCCCUGUGACACCACUGAGCCUGCUUUGUUACAGGGACGGGCUACAUUCUUUCAGAAAGGAGGGUAAUGGGAAUUGUUCCAUUAUAGAGGUUGUGAGCAAGAUGUUGGCAGUCUCCACCAGGCAGCAACAUAUCUGCAAAAAAGAUAAAGAAACCUGCUUGUAAAUGCAGGGGGGCGUGGCAAGCGCGCCCACAAGGGAGCACGUACGACGAGACACCACCAGGAUGCCGGUGGCCUCCAGCAGGAGGGGUAGACUUUAUAUUAAAAAUAAAGAGUUGCAUGACAACCACCACGUAAUCAUGGGAGAUAUGAAGACCCCAGACUUUGAUGAUCUCCUUGCAGCCUUUGACAUCCCUGAUAUGGUUGAUCCUAAAGCAGCUAUUGAGUCUGGGCAUGAUGAUCAGGAAAGUAGUAUAAAGCAAAAUUCUCAAGAAGAGGACGAUGCCCAUGUCCCGUCGUCCUCUGAUGUUGGGGUAAGCGUUAUUGUUAAAAAUGUAAGGACUGUAGACUCAGAGGCCUCUGAAAAGGACCAUCAUUCUGCUGGCAAUGGUUUACACAAUGGGUUUCUCACAACAUCAAAUCUAGACAGGUUCAACAAGGAGGACCAUAAACCUCUGAAAGAUAAUGCUGAUACUAUAAUGAAGGCAUCUUCCUUUAAUCAGUUCAGUCCUAUCUCUAGCGCUGAAGAGUUUGACGAGGAUGAGAAAAUUGAAGUGGUGGACCCACCUGAUCGGGAAGCCUUAAAAUCCAAUUUCAACAGCAAUAUAUUGGAAGAUUCCAAUGAUGAGAAGAUGUAUGAAGAUGGAAAGAUGCAUACAGGGGACCAUUUCAUCAAAGCUGGCAUAGACCUCCCAGGCAGCUCAGAAAAGAAUAAAUCCAGUAAAAGAGAUCUGGAAGCCAGUUCCACCAAUUUUAGUGUAUACGAUACAUUUAAAAUCCAGAAACUAGAUGAGAAACUUAAGGAAAGUGCCCAGAGGUUGCUGCUGGAAACAAAGGAUAAUGAAAAAAUAGAUACAGAAAAAAGUGAAGCCAAUGGAGGGACUAUCUCACAGCUAAGAGCAAAUUCUUCUGCAAAACUGUCUUCUUGCAUUGCUGCCAUUGCAGCACUUAGUGCUAAGAAAACAGUGUGCGAUCUAAAGGACCUAGAACCCAGUUCAGGAGGAGCAUCUCCAGUGCUAAAAGAAGGUGACUGUAGCCCCACGGCUGCUGAUAAAUCUCCAGAUUCCCAGUUAACAGUGCAGAACCUUAUAGACGGUACAAAGAAGGUUCAAGCAAGGCAGCCAGACAGCCCAGGAAGUGUGUCAAGUGAAACUAGCAGCAAGGGUUCCCCUUCUUCGUCUGGUGGCUCAACUCCUGCCAUUCCUAAAGUCAGAAUUAAGACCAUCAAGACAUCUUCUGGUGAAAUUAAGAGGAUGGUUACGAGAGUGCUGCCUGACUUUGAUGGUGAAGAAUUAAAAAAAAAUUUAGAACCAUCAUCUCCUGUGGUAGUUUCAUCACUCUUACCAUCUCCUUCCUCUACUCCGGUUCUUGCCUCGCCAACUAGAGCGUCCUUGCAACCGAUCAUAGGCUCACCGGUGGCAACAACAGAUGUCACCCCAAAGCAAGUGAGCAUUAAACCCGUAGCCACUGCAUUCCUGCCAGUAUCAGCUGUCAAAACAGCAGGCUCACAAGUGAUAAACCUAAAGUUUGGUAACAAUACAACAGUGAAAGCCACUGUAAUAUCUGCUGCAUCUGUUCAAAGUGCCAGCAAUGCAAUUAUAAAAGCUGCAAAUGCUAUUCAACAGCAGACUGUGGUAGUUCCUGCGUCAAGUCUUGCCAACACAAAACUUGUGCCAAAGACAGUGCAUUUUGCCAAUCUCAACCUUUUGCCUCAAGGUUCUCAGACAUCUGAGCUUCGCCAAGUGUUAGCUAAACCACAGCAGCAAAUCAAACAGACUCUUGUUGCAGCAGCACCAACAACUCCACCCAAAAGGGUGUCUAGAGUCCAGGUGGUGGCAUCUUCCCAGAGCUCUGUGGUGGAAGCCUUCAACAAAGUGUUGAGUAGUAUUAACCCUGUCCCAGUGUAUGUUCCAAACCUCACUCCACCAGCCAAUGCUGGAAUUACCUUGCCAACCCGGGGAUACAAAUGCCUAGAGUGUGGUGAUGCUUUUGCACUUGAAAAGAGUCUUCUCCAGCAUUAUGACCGCAGGAGUGUGCGAAUAGAAGUGACAUGCAACCACUGCUCCAAAAACUUAGUUUUCUACAAUAAAUGCAGUCUUUUGUCCCAUGCACGUGGCCACAAGGAAAAAGGAGUUGUGAUGCAGUGCUCUCAUUUAAUCCUAAAACCUGUCCCUACAGACCAAAUGAUUGUUUCUUCUCAGAAUAACGCUUCUACAACACCAUCGGCUACUCGGCAGAGUGCAGUCGCUGUUGUGGCCCAUACAGUAAACAAGAUACAGCCUGGAUUGCAAGGACCAGUAAUAUCUGCUCCAAGUAGCGCACCAGUUACUCCCGCUAUGCCUUUAGAUGAAGAUCCAGCGAAUCUGUGCCGACAUAGCCUCAAAUGCUUGGAAUGCAGUGAAGUGUUUCAGGAUGAAACAGCACUGGCCACACACUAUCAGCAAGCUUCCGAUGCCACUGCACAAAAAACGUGUAGUAUCUGUAUGAUGAUGCUUCCUAAUCCGUGCAGUUAUAACUGCCACCAAAGGAUACACCAGCACAAAUCACCUUACACUUGUCCCGAGUGUGGCGCAAUAUGCCGAUCAGUCCAUUUUCAGACUCACGUCACGAAGAACUGCCUGCACUAUACACGCCGCGUCGGUUACAGGUGCAUGCACUGCAAUGUUGUGUAUUCAGAGUUGGCUGCAUUAAAAUGCCAUAUUCAAGGGUCCCAUUGUGAAGUCUUCUAUAAAUGUCCGAUCUGUCCGAUGGCAUUCAAGUCUGCGCCCAGCACACAUUCCCACGCCUACACCCAGCACCCCGGUGUGAAGAUAGGAGAACCCAAAAUUAUCUACAAGUGUUCUAUGUGUGACACAGUAUUCACCCUGCAGCCUUUGCUGUUCCGCCAUUUCGAUCAGCAUCUAGAACACCAGAAAGUUUCUGUAUUCAAGUGUCCGGACUGUUCGCUGCUUUAUGCACAGAAACAGUUGAUGAUGGACCACAUUAAGUCUAUGCAUGGGACGCUGAAGAGUGUUGAAGGUCCUCCAAAGCUUGGUGUAAACUUGCCCCUGAGCACUAAGCCAACAACCCAGAAUUCGACUAGUCCAAGCAAGGAAGAUCCAAAACAAGUGAGCAAGAUGGAGAAAUCAGAGAAAAAAAACAUCUCCCCCAAUAAGAAUUCUGACUCGGUAGUGGUCAAGAAAGCCUCAAAUGCAGGCUGGACCUGCUGGGACUGUGAACAGCUGUUCAACCAGCGAGAUGUCUAUAUAUCACACAUGCGGAAAGAACACGGGAAGCAAAUGAAGAAGCACCCGUGCCGUCAGUGCGACAAGUCUUUCAGUUCUUCUCACAGUCUGUGUCGGCACAACCGUAUCAAACACAAAGGCAUCAGGAAAGUCUAUACCUGCACGCAUUGCCCCGACUCAAAAAGGGUGUUUGCCAAACGGAUUUUGUUAGAAAAGCAUAUCCAGCUAAUGCAUGGCAUCAAGCACCUCAAUGUUAAAGAAACCCCAGAGGAGCCGGCUGCAGAGCCUGCGGAGCACAAAAAGGGACCAAAGGUUCCCCAUGUGAAGCGCAAGUUAGAAGAACCAGAGGUGGACUUCCGACCUCCCAAGGGAGCCAUCGCUCAGCCUCUGAAGAAGUUAAAAAUUAAUGUCUUCAAAGUGCACAAAUGUGCUGUCUGUGGUUUCACCACAGAAAACCUUCUCCAGUUCCACGAACACAUACCCCAACACAAAUCCAACGGCUCCUCGUACCAGUGCAGAGAAUGCGGCCUUUGUUAUACGUCGCACGUCUCGCUCUCCAGGCAUCUCUUCAUUGUUCAUAAGUUAAAGGAGCCUCAACCUUCGCCGAAGCAAAAUGGCUCUGGAAAGGACAGUCAGCAAGAGAACAAGCCAAGUGCAGAAAAAGAGGCAGCAGAUCCCAUCGCCUCUGGUAGAACAUGUAAAGUCUGCGGGAAAACAUUCGAAACUGACGCUGUCUUAAACACUCACAUGAGGACUCACGGCAUGGCUUUCAUUAAGUCAAAAAGAAUGAGCUCUAUUGAGAAGUGAAAUGAAACAGGGAACAACGUUAGAACUGAUAAAGAAAGUACGUUUUGCAACCUUUUUUUGGAAGAACUCAAGUUCGUACUGUUUUACUGACAGUAAAGACUGAGCGAGGCCCAAACUAGUUGUGAUUUGUGGCAAUACGUAGUUUAAUAAUAUAUCAUCUUCCGCAUAGGAUACAUUCUCAUUAAGUAUUAACAUUGUAUUUAACGGGAAAUACGUUGUACAACACAAGUGUAAAUGUAACUUAAUUUUGAUACUCUUUGUAAGGCGCUUGAAUGGAUGUAUAUAAAAACUUUUUUGGUUU